CGAAGCUGAUCAAGAAUCUUCAUCAUCCCCAACCAUCCGCUGUCCUCCUCUUGCUUCUCUUCCUGUGGUGGAUAAUGGGACUGGAGAUACUGAGGUUUUAUGCGACCCAAGAGAUGAUAGCCAAAAUUGAAGAUUAUUUCGAAGUCACGCGCGACGAAAACCUCCGAAAUAUUUCUGAGAGGCUGGAAGGUUCAAGGGCAACUCAACAUCACCGAGCGCAGAUUCAGCGACUUCAAUCUCUACUGCGAUGUCGAUUUCAAUGUAGAGAGGAUAUACAGGGUGUUCCAUAAUUAUUGCGACAAAAUGAUAGGGGUUGUAGAGGGCAUCAAAAUGAACAAUUUUGCCUUAUAAACCCCUGUUCGGAAAUAUGCCGUUUGGGCUACAGCAAAAAAAAAGAUCAGUUUCUUGAAACAGCUUACCUACAGUAAUUGCUCAAAGUGUCCUCCACCUUGCUCAAUACACAGCUGUGCACGAUUGUUCAAUGA